AUGUCCAAAGCGUUCACCAACUGGUUCUCGACGGCCGACUACCGGCGCCACGGCGUCGACACCUCCGCCCACGACUGGCCACAAGCGCACCGCCAGCGACCGCUUCAGACCCACGACUAUCACCACCAGUCGAUCCACGCGACCGCAGCCGACAACUCAUGGUCCGACAGCUAUCACCCGAUGAUCUCCAGCGGUGGGAGUGGUAGUAGUGGUCGUCGCCGGCAGUACUCAUCGCUGUCCUCAUCGGCGUCUUCGGGAGGCGGCGCCAGCGGGUGGUCGACGCCAUCGACGGCCGCCAUCAGCAGCAGCGGUAACGAAGUGUACGCCGACUUCGUGCUCACCAAACGCGACGUCCAGACGUUCCGCCGACUGCUGGACGAGCCGGCCGUCCAAGAGCUGCUCCUUUGGGACAAAUGCUGUCUAUUGGCCGACAAGUACUUACUGGCGAUGGCGUUGACGUACUUCAAGAGGGCGGGCCUCCGGCACCAGCAGUACACUCCGGUGUACCUAAUGGUCGCCCUAUACCUCGCGCACGACAUGGAAGAGGACGAUCUGGACGUGAAGUUGGAUUUGGUUCGGUUCGCGAUGUCGGACACCGUGUCGGACAGCAAACUGCGGCUAUUCCUCCGCAAGAGAGACAAACUGUGGCACCAAAUGGGUCUCCGGGCGGCGGUCAACCAUCACUGCUGCGACGCCAUCAUGAGAUACUGUAUGCCCGACCACCCGGUGUGGCAACGGGAACGGGAGGUUAGCCACGGAGGGGUGUGUGUGCCGGCGCACGUCAAGUAUGUGGUGCACCGGGAGCUCGGGCUCUGCAACUCUUAUGUCGAGUGCAACGUCCAAUGCAUUGUCUGUCUGUCGCAUAUCGUGAUGAGGAGGCGCCAGAAGGUGGUGGUGAUGGCGGACGAGAGUGGAGGCGUCGCUGAGGGGCGCCGGUUGUGGGCCAACCAUUUGCCGCAGUGUCCGUCGACUGGGAAACCCUUUUUCAGUACACUGUCGGCCCAUUCAGCGCCGUUCGUUCCCCAAAACCUCUACCCCUUAGGGGUGAGCGCGAGCGAGGAAUAG